GUUGUAUUAAGUGUGCCCGACCGAAAGACUGCAUCACAUCUCAUUCAAUUUUUAGCCAGACGCCGACUAACACAGAGAUACAACUAUGGCCUCCGGAGUUACAGUGGAAGAGAGCGUGCUGACCAUCUUCAACGAGAUGAAGGUGCGUAAGGCUCAGGCCAACGAGGACGAGAAGAAGAAGAGGAAGAAGGCUGUGCUCUUCUGCCUCAGCCCUGACAAGCAGAAGAUCAUCAUGGAACAGGGGCGCGAGAUCCUGGUAGGGGAUGAGGGUGACCCCUACCUCAAGUUCGUCAAGAUGCUGCCGCCCGACGACUGCCGCUACGCUCUGUAUGAUGCCACCUACGAAACCAAGGAGACCAAGAAGGAGGACCUGGUUUUCAUCUUCUGGGCUCCAGAGAGUGCCCCUCUGAAAAGCAAGAUGAUCUACGCUAGCUCCAAGGAUGCCAUCAAGAAAAAGUUCACAGGUAUCAAGCACGAGUGGCAAGUCAACGGUUUGGACGACAUCAAAGACCGAAAGACCCUGGCUGAGAAACUGGGCGGUUCAUCGGUGAUCACUCUGGAAGGGAAGCCCCUUAACGAUUGAGGCUGAUGUGUUUGAGGGGUUAUAGCUGUUCAUUCCAACGUUGGUAGGGCGGUGGGGGAGGGCCGGAUUGAUUUGUUGGACUGGAGGGGCGGGAAAUACAGUGGGUGGGGUGGGGGUGUUGGGUGAAAGCGACAGUUUUCAAAACUCCAUGAAGGAAGGAAAAAAAAAAAACGUAGGCUGUCAUUCCAGUUCACACGUACAUUAAAAGAACAAAAAAAAACAAACACAAAAGAGAAAAAAAAAUGACAUCUUAAAAUGUAAAAAUUAAAAAAAAAAACAAAAACAAACGGAAAAAAAAAACCAGAUGGAGGACGAUGAUUUUAAAUUGAAGGAAGAUGAUUAUGAAAACAAAACUUCAAAAACUGUAAAUGUGUGGUGAGCAGGUUUUUGUUCUUUCUGGGUUCCAAUAGAGUGCGAGCAGGAGAAAUUGAGACUGGCCAGCAACCAUUACAAUUCAGACAACUCUCAAUCCAGCAAAAUUCUCUUCAUACUUGUGUACACACACUCACUCACACAUUCAAAUGGUUUUCUUUUGCCAAACUUCUAGUUAUGUUUUUCUAAGUACAUAUGUGUAGUUGAGGCUAGGAGUAGAAUGAAAAUUUACUUUAAAACUUAAAAAAAUAAAUAAAAAUAAGGAUGGAUCGCACAAAUUUUAUUGAGACAAUUUUGGGAACACUUUUUUUUUGUUUGUUUGGUUUUUUUUUUGUUUUUUUUUUCCUCCAAACAUUUGUUUUAAGCUUGCAAAUUCCAAGUGUUUUUAUGAUUCCAGCACUUAUUUGCAAACAUUUCCAUUUCCAGCUUUAAAUAAGUAAAAAACAAAAAACCAUGACAUUUGGUGAAGCUGAACACAUUCCUUAUACUUGUAAAAUCCAGUAUCCAGUGGGUCUGAAGUCUGUUAAUGAAUUGAGUGGAAUGAAGGAAAGAUGGGAGCGAUUUCUGUGAACAGCCUGUGUACAGAGCAUAGAGUGGUAAUGGAUGGUAAUGAUGUUUUGUAUCGUCUCCUUAUCUCUAAUAAAAAAAAAGGCACUAAACAAG